AUGGGCCUUCUCGAUGACUUCUCAGCCGUGUCGGCAUAUUCACUCGCGGGCGUGAUGUCUGCUCUCCUACUCGGCUGGUAUGGCGCCCGGCGUCUUCUGGCAUCCACAGCUACCAAAGCGGACCGCUUCACGUUCAUAUGGUGCGCUUUCGAUGCGCUCAUACAUACUUUCUACGAAGGAAGCUUUCUAUACAACUCGACCUUUGGCCGCACGGCCGACUCGGGCACCUCUCUAUUCUGUAAAAUGUGGCAAGAGUAUGCCAAGGCAGAUACACGGUGGGGCACAGCAGAUCCCACCGUCGUCUCGCUAGAGAUCUUGACUGUGCUAAUCAUGGGUCCAAUCUGCCUCCUCAUCUGCUACCAGAUCGCCAGGACGAACCCUAUGCGACACUUCUGGCUGAUCGUUCUGUCGACAUCGGAGCUGUACGGCGGCUUCAUGACCUUUGCACCAGAAUGGCUGCAAGGUUCGCCGAGCCUAUACGGCGACACCUUUCUCAAGCUAUGGGUUUACCUGGCCCUCAUGAAUUUGAUCUGGGUGUUCAUACCCCUUUGGCUUCUCUAUGAGUCGUAUUUGCAACUCAGCCAAUCGUUGGGUGCCUCGACCCAGUCAACGCGAGUACAGACUCGCUCCGUCUCGAGAGCUCAGAAGCGCAAGUAG